AGAGAGAGGGACAGAUCUGUGAAGUUGAGAUCUUUCUUUUCACUUUUCUUCGUUGUCUCUCCCUGUCUACACGCUUGUGCUGUGUUCUGUGUGCCCACUUUCUCUCCCUCUCUCUUCGCAGCAUAACCUUUUUCAUCUUUUAGCCGAGAAGAAGCUAAACUUCAAGUUUAAUUUUAGCUUCAAAGUUUUCAUCUUUCCAAAGAUAAAACUCGCUUUCUAUUUCUGGGCAUUGAUCUAAACCAACAAGCUAAAUAAGAUUAAACCCAUAAAAAAAAAAGUUUAUUUUAUUUCCUCUGUUUUCGUGACGUCGCUGAGGAGUUUCAAUGGUGGUGAAGAUGAUGAAGUGGCGGCCAUGGCCGCCGCUGGUGACGAGGAAAUACGAGGUGAAGCUAUCCGUGAGGAGAUUGGAAGGGUGGGAUCUGGCGAGAGAGCCGGAGAAGGAGAGAUUGACGGUGGAGAUUCGGUGGAAAGGGCCCAAGGCGACGCUGGGGUCUCUGAGGAGGCCGUCUGUGAAAAGGGGCUUCACAAAGGAAGCUGCGGCGGAAAGCGACGUCGUUUCGUGGGAAGAGGAAGAGUUUCAGAGCGUGUGCUCCCUCACUUCUUACAAGGAGGACGACACUCUGUUUUAUCCUUGGGAGAUUGCUUUCUCUCUCUUCACCAAUGGAAUGAAGCAAGGGCAGAAGAACAAAGCUCCUCUCGCUGGAACUGCAUCUCUGAAUCUUUCUGAAUACGCCCGUGUAACCGAUCAAAGAGAGUUUGAAAUAAACAUCCCUCUCACGCUCUCUGCUUGUAUAGCCUCCGAGCCGCAUCCUUUACUCUGUGUAUCACUGAGCCUGUUUGAGCUCAGAACCACACCAGAAACCUCAGACUCACAAACAGCUAUUGUGCCUGUCCCAUCUCCACCUCCACCUCACCAAACCGAGAAGGAAGACGUUUCCGCAAUCAAAGCCGGUCUAAGAAAAGUCAAGAUCUUCGUUUCCACAAGGAAAGCCAAGAAGGCUUGCCACCGCGAGGAAGAAGCAGAAGGCAGAUUCUCGAGCUUCGAAUCCUCCGAAUCCCUCGACCUCUCCGAGGAAGCUUCCGACGAAUGCAAAGAGGAUCUGAUGAGCGUGAGAAAGUCUUUCUCAUACGGACCAUUGUCUUACGCAAACGGUGUUGGAAGCUCGUCGAACCGCGGCGCUAAAGUGAGCGAAGAAGACGAAGACUGGGUUUAUUACAGCCACAGGAAGUCUGACGUGGGAGGAGGAGGAGGAGGAGGAGGAGGUUGCUGCUCGGACGUUGAAGAUGCGUCUGCUGGGUUGGUGUACGAGACAUCAUCAUCAUCGCUUCUUCAGCGUCGUAGCAUAUUGCCGUGGAGGAAGAGGAAGCUGAGCUUUAGGUCUCCGAAGGCCAAAGGAGAGCCUUUGUUGAAGAAAGAUAAUGGGGAAGAAGGUGGAGAUGACAUUGAUUAUGAUCGGAGGCAACUUAGCUCAGAUGAAGCUCUUGUGAGAAGCAAAACAGAUGAAGAUUCUUCAACAGUUAAUCCUCAACACUCUUCUUUCUUGGAGUUUGGAGACGACAGUUUCGCUAUUGGAAGUUGGGAAGAGAAAGAAGUGGUGAGCAGAGACGGACACAUGAAGCUUCAGACAAGUGUCUUUCUUGCUUCCAUCGACCAGAGAAGCGAGCGUGCAGCUGGCGAGAGUGCAUGCACCGCUCUCGUAGCUGUUAUCGCGGAUUGGUUCCAGAAGAACGGUAGCCUCAUGCCUAUCAAGUCUCAGUUCGAUAGUUUGAUCAGAGAAGGCUCGUUAGAGUGGAGAAACCUCUGCGAGAACGAAACGUACAUGCAGCAGUUCCCCGACAAGCAUUUUGAUCUCGACACUGUGUUACAAGCAAAGAUCAGGUCGUUAACUGUUGUCCCAGGGAAGUCUUUUGUCGGGUUUUUCCAUCCAGAAGGGAUGAUCAACGAAGGAAGCUUCGAGUUUCUGCAAGGUGCAAUGUCCUUCGAUAGUAUAUGGGAUGAGAUUAUCAAUCUUGACGAUGAUGAGCGUGUUUACAUUGUGAGCUGGAAUGAUCACUUCUUUGUACUCAAAGUUGAAAACGAAGCUUACUACAUCAUUGACACGCUUGGAGAGAGGCUAUACGAGGGUUGUGAUCAAGCUUACAUUUUGAAGUUCGAUGAUAAAACCGUCAUCCACAAGAAUCUUCAAGGAGAAGAAUCAGAAUCUGAACCUGAACCAGAGGUUGUGUGCAGUGGGAAGGAGUCAUGUAAAGAGUAUAUUAAGAGUUUCUUGGCGGCGAUACCGAUAAGAGAGUUGCAAGAGGAUAUCAAGAAAGGACUAGCUUCGACUGCUCCUGUUCAUCAACGCUUACAGGUCGAGUUUCAUUACACUGAGAUGAGUAGAGACAAUGAUGUCGUCCCUGUCUGAAUAGUUUAGGCAGAGAGUAUACUAACGUUUUUUGAGGUUCUUGUAAGUUUUGUAACUCUAUCUCUUUAGCUUUAUCUAACUUGUGAAUGUAAGAGCUUUAACUAGGGCUGAGAUUUUGAACCAAACCUAAAUAGUUUGGUUUUCAGUUUA